UAAGCAUAAAAUAAUUUACCAACUUUCCCAUAACUAUCCAGACAGAGGAUGAUAAAUGAAAACAAAUGUGCAUAUAAAAUUAAACUUUUCUUGUUGGGACUCGAGGUGUAUAUCCUGACACCUGACCAGAAAACCAAAGUUAAAUAGUGCUUCCUAGUUUUCAUACGCCUGCAAAAUUCCAUCCUUGUAAUCUGUCUGUUCCAUUCUAGUAUAUAAUGCCUUGAACCUUGAGAGCUAGGGGGUGAAAAUCUCUUUAUCAAUACUCAUAUAGUAUUUCUUUCCUUCCAUUUUCAAAAGCUUUCCUAGGGAACCCUAUAGGGAGAUUUCCUUCCAUAGCCUUUCGGUGCGCAAAUUCUUUCACUUUUCCUUGGCAAUGUGAUCUGUUUUUACUUCUCUCAGAAUCAUUUGGCAUAAUGCAAGUUUCACUGUUACCCCACUGUGAAAUGAGUCAUGUCUCCUGAUGACACACUUUAUUCUCUCUUCCUCUAUUGGAAUCUUUUCCACUGCUCUAAUCUUAACAUGAAAAGCAAAAGCUGGCUCUUAUUCCGGUCAUAUCAAUUCUUUCUCUUUUGCACUUUUGACCAUAAAAUCUAACUACAUAACAUUCUUGUUCGUCCUCUCGGAUCUUGUGCUUUACCAGCCCUAUAUAUGCUCCCUUUCCUAUAAGAAUUUCUCAUCGUAAAAAGAAUAUUAGGGGUAUGGCAGUUGAUGUAUGCUCAGAAGUUUCAAGUCCUGUUGUAAGUCCAAGAAUCUCAUUUUCUCAUGAUCUUAGGGAAACAGAUCCAAUUCCACGCGAACGCUACCAACAUCGAUCUGAUGCAUUACUUUUGGAAUCCAUUGAUUUCAAUUUCAGCAUCAGUCAAAGCUUCUCACAGGGGCUGCUUUCAUCUGCAGAUGAGUUGUUUGCAAAUGGCAAGAUCAUUCCUACAGAAGUCAAGAAAAUCACAACCAUCAAGCCUGGUGAAGAAACAGCCUCUAAAGAAAUUUAUCGAUCUAAGCCAAUUUCGUCAUGUUAUCGAAAAGAUACGGCCUUUAACUUCUCAGCUGCAGCUACAAGUUCAGCCACUGACAAUGCAGAUACAGCCCUGAAUUUAGAUACAAAGAAAAAGAGUUUGAAGGAGCUAUUGUCCAUCAACCCUGAAACUGAAUCUGAUGAAGAAACAGAAGAAGAAAAGAAGCCAUCAUCCAAACCUUUUUGGCAGUUCCGAAGAAGCAGCAGUUUGAAUUUAAAUAGCAGUAGAAGUAGCACCUUAAUCCGAUCCUUACAUUUUCUCUCACGGAGCAAUUCAACUGGUUCUGCUCCCAAUCCAACAGCAUCAGGGGUACCAAAGGUUCUGAAGAAGCAGCAUUCCCAGAAAGAUCGGCCACCAUGGAACAAGCGAAUAGAUUCAUCUGUACCAUCAUCCUCCGGUCAUUAUUUUUACUCACAUCGAGCAUACAGAAGUCCUUCAAGAAAGAAUUAUGAAAGUGGAGUUAGAGUUAGUCCCGUACUCAACAUUUCACAUGCUUGCAUUUCCAAGGGCAGUGGAAGUUUAUUUGGUCUUGGUUCUUUGCUCUGCAGCGGGAAGUCCAAAAAGAAGAAAAAGUGCAACCAGUGGAUUUAACUAAUCAUUUUAAUGCAGUUCAGAUUUCAUGCUAGAUGCCUUUCUCAAAUCACUGCAUAAUUUCCAUUACAACACAAUGUAUUAACAAACAUGACGAUUUAUACGGAAGAAUACGAUUUAUUUACCUGGUGCACAAAUGCAAAGGAUCAUAAUUAAAGGCUAGGCUUGGUCUACUGCACCAAUGGCAGUUCUCGUAGAUUUCUGUAUUCUUAGAAUUAGACUAAAUUGAGUUAGAUAAGUCGCAACGAAUAUUUUCUGCACUUCACAACUCAGGAAGAAAUUGAUGAAUUGCCAGAUUACUGGUUUUAUGUGCA